AUGUCCACCCGCAGAGGCCAGUCUUCACGGAAGCGUCCCUCGCACCUGCCUGCGAUUGCACCCAAGGAUGAUGUGACACCUUUGAGUCGUCAUGGCGGUUCGGCGACUGCUGUUAGAGCGACAUUCAUACAGCCUCGUCUACGCUUCCCGCCACGGUCUCGGACUGGAUGCUGGACAUGCAGAAGUCGCAAAAUCAAGUGUGACGAGGUCCAUCCGCAGUGUAAUUGUGCCCGGCUUGGCCAUGUAUGCGACUACCAGCCACGAGUGUGCUUUCGAGAUGACACCCGUCGAGUUAGGGAGCGCAUGCCCGAUGUGAAGACAAAAGGAAAUGUCGUGUGGGAUCCAGCAAAAACCUCGCCCAAACGUGAAUGCAUCACCACCUCGGGAUCAGUCCCUUAUGACCUGCUCCCCGAAUUCUCUAGACUUACGUCAGACGAGGACAGGGAGAAGAAAGCGCAGGCGUCAGCCCCCGGGACUUACCAUGUCAUCGUGGUUCCUGAAAGCUUUGCUCGCCUUCCAGAGUAUACGGAGGAUGCGCUUGAACCUGUGCCCAGCAAUCCGUACUCGAGCCCACUAUCCGAGUAUAGUAAUUAUGAUCCCAUGGACGACGUCACUACAUCAGAGGACCCAAAUGUGGUAUUUCUGAAUCAAUUCAGAGAUCCCAGAAAGCAGGUCUAUCCCAGCCGCCGGAGUUAUACACAAUCUCCGGAGUCUGAUUUAGGUUCCACCCCUGCCCAAACCACAAUGAUGUAUACACCUCUGCAGGAUUUCUCGGAGGACCAAAUAUCCGAGUCUGUUGAUCUUGAAACCUACGGAAUGGCGCUUCUUGAUCAUUUCCAGAACGCCGUGUGGAUGCAACUGAUCCCCGGGGGCCACGGCUACUUGGAAGCGAACAUCUUUGGGCAAGAGGCUUCCAAUUUCCCUCCACUCCUCCAUGUGAUGAUGGCCGUGUCGGCCCUCAGUUUAGUCCAUCAAGGAAAUACUCAAUACGUGGAUGCUCUACGGUACUAUGACCAUGCCCUGCCCUCGCUCCAGAGCGUUCUCCAAAACUGCGACGAUGUUCUAUCUGAUGGACUAUUCCUAACUCAUUUCCUCCUCCUUAUCUACCAGAUCGCACUUCAAAUUCCGAGCGACGGGCCAAACCUCUGGUCCCACCAUAUGUCCCGGCUGCUCCAACUGUCCCUACUAAGACAUUCCGUCGCCGAGCGAGAGCGUUACCCUGUCAUCAUCUGGUUGAUAUGUCAUAUAGAUUUAUAUGCUCUUUUUAGCGGCGCUGGGACGGGAGAGUAUAUUAUGGCAGCAGUUGAAAGCGAUUUACUUCCUGGGGCCGAACCUCUUCUCUACCCUGCAGGAGUUGAAAACGACAGGUUAAAGUAUGCUGGGGAAUGUGUCGCUCAACCUUUAAUUACAAACCUGUACCGAGAGUGUUUUCUAUUGGCGGCACGCCUAGGACUGUUCGCCGCCGAAGUGAGGGUCUCGAAAGUGCCAUAUAUGGAAAAUAUGCACCGAGAGCUUGAAUCGCUGCGUGGGGGGAUCAGGCAGCUGUGGAAUUCGUCAGAAGCUCGAUUUCUUAUGGAGGCCCAAAGAAAUCUAUCCAAGCGAUUUCAACACAUCUUCCAACAGCUAUCUGUCCUUUUCCAUACGUCGCUUCUUUUUUCCUACUCAGUUCUUCGGCAUGGGCCAGAAAGUACCCAUUGGAUCGAGCUUGAGAGGGAAAUUCAGUACCAUACAGAGGCGAUUCUUCAGGUCGCAGCUCAUAUAGUAGGCCACAGCCGCCAAAGCGGCCCUCUAUUUCUCACAUUUCCCCUCUUCUUAGCGGGCGCUGCUACAACGUCAAACGAGGUCAAGAUGGCGGCAUUGGGAUUGCUAGCAAAGCUCAGGGAAACAGACUUGGGAUACCAAGCGGCGACGACAAGUUCUAUACUUCAGGUUGUUUGCGAGGCUCAAUUGCAGUAUUCGCGAAGCGGAAGGUAUAUGCGAGAGAUCGAUUGGAGGGACGUAAUAGCGAACCAUGGGUGCCAGUUGGUGAGCUAUGGUUGA